AGUGUUGAGUAAGUUAUUAGUCAUUUUAGCUUAAGUGAGGAUGUGUUGCAGAUUAUUAUUUCAUUCAUCAUGCAAUGCGAAUAGCUAUUUUUCUUCUAAUGCCUAGGCACGCUUUGCCUACGCCUAGGCGAGCAAGGCGCUAGGCAAAGUCUCAACGCUCGCAUUACGCCUAGCGCAUUUUUGAACCUUGAUUUAUAGUCAUGGAGAGAUAACUGUCGUAGAAAACCGUCUCUUGGAUAACUCCCAAAAAGAACUGCUCUCUACUUCCUCGUAGUGGUGUUUACUCCUUCAAUCGCCUAGGUGCUUUCCUUAUAACCGCACUUGAUCUUGGAGUGUAGCUUGCCUCGCCUAGUUGUGUUUCAAAUCUGAUGUCAUGCUAGUCUUUUGAUAAGCAUGUGGUGUCUCACAAAGGGUGUUAUGGUCCUCUUGCCAGGCGGCCAUGGAAUUCUUACUCAUGUCUAUGGCCUUCUUGUCUCGUGGUCAUAUAGUUGUUAUUCAUGGCCAUGACCCUCCUUUCUCAGCGCUAUGAACCUCUUGGAACUUAACCCCAUGACUAGUGAUAUAAUGCUCCACCACCACAUCCUCAUCAUUCCGGUCUAUGGCCCCUCUCAUGAGGCGACAUAGGCCUCUCAAUCAUGCACAUAGCCCCUCUCACCUUCCUCGCGUAUGUAUAAGACCGAAUUUAUUCUAUUUCUAAAAAAGGAUUACUAAUCCUUAACUUUUCGAGGAAUCCUUCAUCAGUAGUUGUGAAUGAUCGAUUUUUCUCAAUCUUUUCGACCUCUUGGUUGGAUUAGACUUAUAAUAUUUCAGAGUCGUCCGAACUUGGUCAUGAGGCGGGCAUAACUUCUUCAUUCGUGGGCUCGCGGACAUGGACUUCUCAGUCAUGUUUGUGGCCCUUCCCGUGACACGCAUGGCCUUCUCAUACUUAGUAUUUUUUUUACUCUUUCAGAUCCGCUUCUCGUGGCAUGAUCACGGACUUGAGAAUUUUUUCCAUGUCCAUAGUCCCUCUCAUUGAGAUGACAUGUACUCCAAGAUUGUAAACAAACAUGACCCUCUUUGUUGAAGCAACACAUACUUCUAGAUUCUAGACGGAUAUGACCUUCUUUGUGAAGCGGCACAUGCCUUUAGAAGAAUUGUGUUGGGUGGUUGUACGCAUGUAAUUAUCGAUAUGUUUUAUCGAUUUAGUUCUAAUUUGUGCUAGUGGGAUAAGGUAAUUUGGGCUUGUGUUAUAAUUUGGAAGAAUUGUUUUGGUGGCUGUUUAAUGGUUAUAUUUUCAAUUUCAAAUGUAAUGUAAUGAUUCACUUAAAUAAUGAUAUUUCUAAGCUCGAAAUCGAAUGGGUAUGUUUAUCAUUGUUGCAGGAAGCUAGAAAACGUUUUGAAAUCCUCUGAAACCUUCUUCGAGCAUCGCGAUGGCCGCCGUCGCCGAUGGAGCCACGCCUGGCGCCGUUGGUGGCGGCCAGUCUUGGGCUUCCUUAUUUCCUGUAUCGGCAAAGGUCAAGUUGGAUUUCUAUGAGCCUGAGUUUGUCAACGGUUCUCUUCGGAUCCCCAAAUCAGUGGUUGAGGAGGGUACGAAGAAAUGGGAACAUAGCCUUGUCGGUCAAUUCCUAGUCGCUCCGCCUUCGCUUUCGGCACUGAGGUUCUGGGCUAACUGGAUUUGGAGCCGGGAUGGGGAGGUCAAGGUUUCGCUCCUUGAUGACAAGCUAGUCCUCUUUCAGUUCCCGUCGGAGGCGACCUGUCGAUGGGUGUUUGAAGGGGGGCCGUGGCACUAUCGUGAGAAGAUCAUCUGUCUUCGGCGCUGGAUUUUUGGGAUUAGAGCGCUGGAGAUUGACAAUUCAGCUAUUCCGGUUCGGGUCAGGCUGUCUGGGUUACCUGCUGAAUUGGCGAUGAGAGAAGGAUUGGGUCGAAUUGCAAGUUCUAUUGGUAAGCCUCUCUGUAUGGAUCAUUCUACUGCGCAUAGGGAGAGAGUAGGAACUGUUCGUGUAUGUGUGGAAGUUAGGGCUACUAAGCCUAGAAUUGACAAAAUCAGCAUUGCCCCUGAUGACAUGUCUGCAUUUACCAUUGAUAUUGAGUAUUGUGGCCUACCCCGCUGUUGUACUGCCUGUAGAGUGUUUGGAUAUGACUGCUCCCUUCCUCCUGCUGGGGUUCCCACUAAACGUGUGUGGCAUCGUAAGCAAGCCAAUGUGGCUGAAUUGGGACAGUCUGAGGUUGCUGUUACAGAGAAUCAAAUGCUGGAGAAAGUGGUGCAGGAUACUCCUGAGAAAGCUGCGCCGGUUUCAGGAGAGGGGGUUGCUAUUGAUAAAGGUAAACAAGUACUGGUAGAAUCAACCCCUCCUGUUACCCCUAGUGCUCUGCCCUCUCAAGAAGAAUUUAACAAGGUGAUCAAUGGUGCUAAGCCGAGGUCUAAUCUGAAAUUACCCACUUCUGUGCUGCAUUCUAAUGCAUUUGAAUUACUAUGUGGCCAAAGGGAUAUUGUUUUACAGGCCCCUCCACGAAAAGGGGGUAGAGAUGGGCUUCGAAGCUGAUAUGAUCCCAAAUUGCCGACCAUUCACGUCACAAUUACUUGACAAAGAAGCUAUCGAAGUUGGGAAGAAGAAGGGCAGAAUUUGGUUAAGUCAAAAUCCAUGUUCAGGGUACAUACUUUGGAGGCAUAGUUCUCUCAAUUGGCUUGGUAUAAAUUCAAGUUUAAUGGCUUGUUUUAAAGAUAACGUUUCCAUGUUUCCAAUGGUAUGCUUUGAGGAUCCAGAAGAUAUCAUUAAGGUUGUUUACCAAGGCCUCAAAUUUGCUACCUCAAAACUGGAAAACUGCCAGAAAAUGGCUAAGGCAGAAAACUGUUUUGUGAAGCCUACUUUAGAGCUCAGUUCAAGAAGCAUGGAUCUGAUUCGAGACCAAAGGCUUCUACAACAUGAAACUAGGUAUGUUUGUGAAUAAAGGAAAGGAAUUGGA